CACAGCUGGAGCCAGAGAGGAAAGAGCAGCAGCCACCACUCCCGCGUCGCUGCGUCUGGUACCUGAACUCGGCCUGGGUGAAGAACACCUCACACUGCUCAGGUCAGGUCACCUUGCAGACAGGCCUCCUACCGGGAGGCGCUCCUCCACCCGUGGCCUCCAGCCUCCUCACGGUGAAACGCUCACCUCCUUCAUGCGUGGGCCUGGAUGUCCGUGUUUUCAGCAGCAGCUGUCCUGCUCUGAACCGCUUUACGUACGUAGUGUCGUUUAUCCCUACGCAACAUCCCGUGCUACACUGCGAGUGGACCUUCCGCCUGCAGCUUUUUGGAACCCCAAAACACCACUUCCUCCAGAGUAGCACAGACACGGACAGUAGUCGCCUAAGAAACACCGCACGUUUUGUCCGUCGCUCUGCUUCACCCUUUGACCCAGAGGAACACGCUGGGUUUGUGACAAAAGUGACCUGUACCACCAGUGCGCUUCCACCAGCUCUUUUGAGAGUCAGAGUCAACAACUAUGAAAAAACCACAGAAGCACCAGUAUCUUGUCAGAAAGACGCCUGUUACAUACACACCGUUCGGAUUCAGAAGCCUGCUCUCCAAACCUCGAUCCUGCACCAGAAAAGGGGGACGUCUUUUUACCUUUUUGUCAGGUUGCUAGUGGACUGCAACGUUGGUAUAUCUAUCAAGCCCUUGUGGCGAAUCUAUCCUGUCCAGAACAUGACAACUAUUCCAGACUGGGAAAAACCCAUGAACUCUUCUUCGAUGUAUGGCGUGGAAAUGAUACACUUAACCGUUCCCAGUUUUACUUUAGAUUACGGACUGUACCUGUUCUAUUUCACCGUUGAGAUAAACCCAGUUAGGACCAAAAUAAUCCUCAAGGGCUCAGAUAAAGUUUACGUUCAGAUUGAGAGAAGCGAUCUCGUGGCAAAUAUUGCAGGAGGCGUGUUCCGCACGGUGGGUUUUUCUGAUAGCUGGACUCUUGAUGGCUCUGCAUCCUACGAUCCUGAUUCACAGGAAGGACUCAAGGGAAUCACCUUUACUUGGUACUGCACCAAAGAGGCGUCUGACUAUAGAAACAUGAUAGUCAGUCCAGGAAAGAAAUGCCACCCGGACCAGAGGGAUUUGAAAUGGUUAACACCCUCCGGUCCAGUUCAAGCAGUGGCACCAGAAUCCCUCCCGGGAAACGCCAUUUACUACUUCCGUCUAGGGAUCCAAAAGGACAGAAGGACGAGCUACGCUGACCAGACUGUAGAUGUGCAGCCUGGCUCCCCACUCCUUCUGGGCGUGACGUGCCUUGAAAACUGUGGCACCAGUCUAAUUCCAACAGAGAGAUUUAUCUUGUCUGGAAAAUGCCUGAACUGCGCAACAAAGAACCGGCCAACCUACUACUGGUCCCUUUUGUCAGAAAACUCUACAGAAAUCAGCUUUGACUGGUCUUCCAGAACCUCAACAGGGAGGUUUGGGGCUUACCUGUCCAUACACGCUCUGACUUUUACAAAGACUUCACGCAGAUCUUACAUACUUCUGUUAAAAGUAACGACCUGGGAUGGUAGGUCCUCAACCUACAAACACCCGUUUAAGGUAAACUCUCCUCCUAGGGCUGGCAAGUGUACCAUCAACCCACGGCAGGGCACGGCCCUUCUGACCAAGUUUGUCGUCGAGUGCCGCGGAUUUUCCGACAGCAAUCUGCCUCUGAUGUAUAAAGUGAUUGUAGCUUCUGAUGUACCCAAAACUACCAAAAUAACUUCUGUGGAGGAGAAUACCUUUGGCACAGUUCUGUACCUCGGUUACCAGCCUAGAACUCCUCCAUCUUUCCUCCCCGUCGGAGUGCCCUCUCAGAAGUACACCUUGACCCUGUACGUGCAGGUGCGUGACUCCCUCGGGGCGUUUACUCAGGUGAACUUGGAGGUGCAGGUGCGGAGCCCCCUGGACAGCCAGCCCCCCGCCGCGGUGUUCCAGCAGCUCCUGGCCUCGGUGAGCGGCACCAGCGCCCCGAUGACGGCGUAUCUCCAGACCGGAGAUUAUUUUAACGCCGGCUACUUGGCUUACACGGCAGCCUCAGUCUUAAACUACAUUAAAGCUGCAGCAACUCUCCAGCUCCCUAAGGCUCUGUUUCGGGAAAGCCUGAUUAAAGCAGCCCUGAAUAUUUCAGUUGAGAGCACAACAGAAGUCAACCAGGUAGUCGCUUCUCUUCGUCAAGUCACCGAGGAAGCCGAUGAAGUGACCCUUAGGUCACAGGACCUUGCCCUCAGUAAACUGACGGAAGUAACGGGAGCACUGAAGACGCAGAGGAAGGAGAGCCACUGGUCUGAGGAAGCAGAAAUUCAGACCAGUGGAAUACUCAGCUGCUUAUCCAACAUCCUGAGGGCUGCCCUUCUGCGGCGCCGCAACGUCAAUGUCAACGGAGUUAAGCAAAUCUUCUCCAUCAUGGAAAAUUUAACAGAGAUAGUUUUCCAGGGCAAAGUCCCUGGAGAAACAGAAACUCUGAUGGAAACAAAACAAUGGAAUAUCACGCUGAAUAAAGAUGAAACCUGGAACAUGACAAACACUUUCUCCACCAGCAAUUGCACAAAUUGCUUUUAUCCAUCACUGAAAAAGGGAAACGAUUCGGGACUGCACCACGAUGCUGUGAUUUCCACUGCUGUCUUUGAGUUUGAUGAGAACCCCUUCCCUUGGUUAGGUUACACAUCAGAAAUCAAAACAACGGUCUUGGGCUUUAAAAUGGCAGAGACCAAGGCUAACGGGGAUCUACAGGGGAUCAUGCCUGAAGGAGCAGAGAUUACUAUUGCUAGGAAAGAUAAGGAAUCCUCAACUUUUCCAUUGGCGAUAGGACCCGAUAAAACACGAACUUACACAACUGGAGGCUUUAGUUUCGAAGUGGACAGAAAUGCCAAGAGCACCUACAUCCAGAUCCUGACAAAAUUAAAAGUUACUUUCAAGGUGCUAAUAUUUAAAGGCACCAAUGUCACUCACGCUCAGCCCAUAGCCUCAUUUUCUGCUUUUCACAACAAGCCAACUGUCGGCAGCAAGAACGAGACGGCUGGCGCUGACUGCAGGACUAAGGCUCCCUAUAUUGUCUGUCUCCCAGAGUCACUGCUGACAGCCACAGCCCCAGGCAGUGGUGCAGGCACUCACAAUAUCUCCAUUGUCUUGGUGACAACCUACAUGGUAAGGUAUCCGACCCAGGGGCUGGUGAGCAUCCAUGUUUUCAGUGAUCAGUGUUUAUUUCUGGAUGGGGUUCAAAGUCUGUGGAGGGAAGACACGUGUGGGCUGGGCUCCUUGACUGACUGGCAGAGGGUCCACUGUGUCUGUGAUAUGAAGCAGAGUUACAUAACUCCCUCAGUCCACACGGCAUCAGAUGUAUCCAGGUUUGACAUCAGGUUCCUGGCAGCCAAAGUAAUAGUCAUCCCCAACAUGAUAGAUCUGAGAGACAUCCUGAUAGCAGACAUACCUAAAAACCCAGUGACCUUCUUAACAGUGGUCUUCAUUUUUGCCGUCUACCUUCUCAUGGCCUGCUGGGCCAUCAGAAAAGACAGGGCUGACGGGGACAGCAAGGACAAGGUUACAGUUCUGUUGGACAAUGACCCCUUUGAUAAAGUGAGCUUUUUGGUCACCUUAUACACAGGCAGCCGCUGGGGGGCUGGAACCAAAGCAGAUGUCUUUCUGCAGCUCAUUGGCCAGAACGGUGUGAGUGAUGUCCAUUGUUUACAGCACCCACAUUCCCCCUCUUUCCAACGAGGAAGCACUGAUCACUUUCUGUUAACGACCAAGGAAGAUCUGGGAGAUAUUUAUUCUCUCAGGAUCUGGCACAAUAACCAGGGCCCGUCUCCAAGCUGGUUCUUAAGCAGAGCCACAGUUAAGAAUAUGUCCACUGGGAAGACCUGGGUCUUUAUGUGCAGGAAAUGGCUCUCUCUUGAAAAGGGCGAACGCCUCCUAGAACAGACAUUUUCUGUCACAAACCUCGAGGCACCUCUGCCCAGAAUCGACUAUUUUUUAAUUAAUCUUGCUCACAGACUGAAGGAGGGCCACCUGUGGCUCUCCAUUUUUGCUCGUGUUCCUCCUAGCAGUUUCAGCAGGUUCCAAAGGUUGUCUUCGUGUUUAGCAAUAUUAUUAUUAAACUUUCUUUUUAACAUCAUGUUCUUCAAUGCUGAAAAGAACGAAGAAUCUCCAAUGCACUUGAGGUAUGUGAGAACACUCAUAGUAGGAAUUGAAUGUGCUUUGGUUACUGUGCCUGUGGAAAUUCUUAUAACUGCCUUAUUUAAGUAUUCCCAGAGGGAAAGCCCGCCAUACUCCAGAAGGGCAACGAGCAAGGGAGCUCCCCAAAACUGCACAGUUUCCGAAAGAGAGGCAAACGUAAUAGAAACAGAGGAGCAGACAGGAGCUGCACAUUCCCCCCCGACAGCUGAGGCCUGCCAGAGGAGGGCACUGUCGUAUUCCGACGGCAGCACUAACGGUGCAGAAGAAGGGGAGGGCGUUCAGGCAGAGAGGAAGCCCUGCGGGGGGGUGCGCUGGUGGUGCCUCUGUCUCCCAUGGGCACUCAUUAUAGCUGUCAGUGGGCUAUCGGCAUCCUUCAUUGUGUCCUACGGUUUGUCUUAUGGCUACCAGACUUCUCUAGAGUGGCUUUUAGCAUCUGCAAACUCCUUUUUUCAGAACGUGUUCUGCCUUUCGGUUCUAAAGAUCGUUGCUUUCUCAGCUGCGAGUACAAUUUCUCAAAGAUACUGUAAAAACAUCUCAUGGGUAACUCAUGACUCUGAGAUUCAGCUGGCUAGAGAAACAAUGAGUGAUAAUACAAUGAGAGAGUUGCAUUUGAAACUCGCUCAGGUCAGACUCACCAAGCAGUACAAGCCUUUGGAAGCUGAUGACAUUACAAUCCUGCUGCAAAGGGCCAGAAUUAAAGGCAAGGCAUUUAUUUUCAUGAAAGAUUUCAUCGGCCACCUUGUCUUUGUAACACUGCUAUUGCAUUUUGCCUACUACACCGAGAACACCAAGUGUCUCCACUACAACCUGUUCAUCCGUAACCAGUUCUCCCCACGACUGCCCAGUGUGGAUAGGCUAGAACAUAUCUAUGUGUGGCUGAAGGACUCGUUCUCAACUUUGAUCCACAGUGACAUUCAGCCAACCUUCCUUGCCAAUAGCCAGUCCAAAAUCCUUGGUUUGCCUAGGAUGAGGCAAGUGCGGGGUAAAGGGACUGAGACAAAAUGUCUCCAUCCUCACAGCUUUGUCAAAAACUUUGUGACCAGGAAGAGGCACUGUCUUCACAGGUACGGCAGUGACACCCCAGAGACAGGUGACUAUGCUGGCACUUGGACAAAGAUUGCCAACCAGUCUGCACCCAAGGAUGCCAGCAGUUAUGGGGGGUUCACCUACCAGCAACCCAGGACUCCGUGGAUGUAUUACUCCUAUGGAGAUUUGCACAGAUAUGGACCAGGAGGAUACACAUUUUACUUUUUCCCUGAAGAAGGAAGACCUAAUUCAACGACCAGGCUGGAUGCUCUGCAAGAGAGCAACUGGCUUGAUGAAAAGACGUGGGCCGUGAUCGUUGAGCUAACUACAUUCAACCCAGAUGCAAACCUCUUUUGCACCAUCUCAGUCAUAUUUGAAUUGUCUCCUUUGGGGAUCAUAAAUCCAAGUUUGUCAGUACACUCUUUUGCACUCCCCAUUUUUCAUCACCAAUCCAUAGCUCAAAUGUCUGUGUUUGUAAUUGCUCUUGUCUUUCUGAGCCUUUACAUUGCAGAUGAGCUUCACAUCGUAUGCCAAGAGAAAAAAGAUUAUAUUAAAAACAUUCCCAAUACUUCCAGCAUCGGCUUAAAAUCAGCAUUCCUCUUUUUUCUUUGUUUAAAGAUGAUCAAAUUUAAGAUGGGAGAAGAGAUAGUGAAUUUUUACUUGCUUCACGCAAAGGAUUUUGCUCCUUUUCACGUAGUUUCUAAUUUAGAUCAGCUUUUAAGGAUUACUCUGGGGUUUUUAACAUUUUUUGCCAUUUUGAAAACGCUGAAAUAUUUUCAGAUCUUUUAUGGUGUGCGCCUGGCACAAAGAGUCGUCUUGGCAGCCCUUCCUGAAAUCUCCUCCAUGGCCCUCCUGAUGGGGGUGUUCCUUUUUGCAUUUAUGGCUUUUGGCUACCUUGUGUUUGGGCAGCACGAGUGGAAUUACAGUAACAUGGCUCGCUCAGCUCAGACCAUCCUCUCUUACUGUGUUGCAGCUUUCAGAGAUACCACAUUCUCCUCCAACAGGCUGCUGGGCGGCCUCUUCCUGGCCUCUUUCGUGGUGGUGAUGACCUGUGUCCUCAUCAAUCUCUUCCAAUCUGUUAUCAUCUCUGCCUAUGGACGUAUAAAACAACACGUAUAUGAAGAACCAUCUGAUGAAGCACAAGUGGCUGCUUUAGUGUUGCAGUGGCUCAGAAGGAAAUAG